AUGAGUACCCAAAUACAGCAGCUUGACAGCUUGAAUGUUUCACUGAGAAAGGCGUACGCUUUCGUGGUGCAGUACGUGUACACGACAGACGAAGGCCAGCAGUCGUUAUAUGAUGAUACCAUCGGUGAAAUAUACACAAAAAUCGAAAUCGAUCUAUCGCUGUUGGAAUCGACUAUCGUUCCGUCUCUCCCUCCCAACAAGGCGAAACAGCAAGUACAGUUCUCGGUAUACAAGCUGAAGGAACGUUACAGAGAUGUCCGUGCAAUGUAUCGCUGGAAAAAAGUAGAUGAGAAGAGCAAGUACCUGGAGUCUCAAUAUCUGCGAUCAUUCGACGAAGCUGAGCUCCGCAUUCUCAACGGAGAUAAGAGAGAUGACGGGAAUCUGACAAAAGCUACUUUGUCGCAAGAUGCAGAUCCUUUUAUUUCUUCUGCUGCAAGAAGAACUAACGCAUACAGCUCCAUUGAUGACGAUCAGCUGGAAGAGCUAUCUGCACAGGAAAGAUUACUUCAGCAAAACAACAUGCUCACGGACAAGUUACAGAAUGUGAAUAACUUGAUGAAGUCCACUCUUCUAGCAGGAGAAAUCAACCUCAAUGAGCUGGAAAUUUCGACAUCGACGCUUUCGAGCUUGGCAGACAGCUAUGCAUUUUUUGGCAGUGUUCUAAAUAAGACCAACACCUUGGUCAAGUCGAUCAACAAGGCAAGCAAAAGCGAGAGGCAAAUGAUCUAUCGCUCUCUAUACUUCUUCAUAUCUGUAUGCUGCUGGAUUCUGUGGCGACGAAUCUUCAAGAGACCUGUGCUUCUACUUUUAUGGUUGAUGAUGUCACCAAUAAAGCUGCUCUUUUGGAGCACCUCGUACGGCAAAUCACAGCCGUUGAAUGCUACCUCAAUCUUCUCUUCAACCCUGUUAACUUUAGCUGCAACAAUAUCAACAACAAUACCUGAUGGCACCACUUCCAUCACCACAGCUAGCACAAUUGCUUUUACGAAAAUAGAAGAGUAUCUGAGCAAAGACGAACUAUGA